ACAAAUCAUAUUAAUGAUAAUAUAAAUUAUUCAAAUAAUAAUAUCACAUAAAAUAAUGUCCGAACAUAUCAAUGAAAAGAAAAAGAAGAAGAAUAAGAAGAAGAAGAAGAAGAAAUCAAAGACAACUGUGGCAAAAAGAACAUCAGAGAUUAAAGCUAAAGAAAGGAAAGCUUGUGAAGAAGAACAAUUGCAUAAGUGGGAAGAGGCAUGGAGACAAAAAGUUGAAGCACAAGAAGAGCUCGAUGAUUACAGAUGUUGCCUACAUAAAGGAUUAUGCUUAAAACCAAAGACACAGUCUAAUAUUUGGAUAAAUGUAAUAGAAGAUAAAAUGACUCAAGAAGUUCAUAUUGCUUUCAAACACGUACCUGUACCUAAACCAAAACCUCCUUCAAUUCCAAAAUUCAAAAUAAUGGAAAUUUCGUCAAGUUGCAAAGACAAAAUUGAUCAAAUUCACAAUCAGACGAAAAAAGAGACAAAAGCUAUUAAAAAGAAAAAGAAAAAGAAAUCUCUAGAUGAAGAAAAUGGAAGGUACAUCCGCAAUGUCGAGGCACGUUAUUUUCGUCGGGUUGACUCGAGUGCAUUCACCUGA